AUGGCGUCUGGACAACAAUCACCGCCCCAGUCCUUGGACGACUUCCUCCGACCCCUUCGCAUUACCGACAACGCCGUUCUCGAGCUCUCGCGCGAUUUGACGGAAGAUUUCUCAAGGUUGUCUAAUAAGUCAGACAACCAGUUCUUGCCAACGCCCAUUAGCGAGUCUCUUCUCGGGCGCGUCGACGGAGCCGAUCGCGGCCGGUAUCUUGCUAUUGACAUAGGAGGAACGAAUCUCAGAGUUGGCUUUGUCGAGCUGCUCGCCGGGGAGUCUGGCGAACCUGGUGAAAGUGGCGGAACUGGCGAUACAACAGACGAAGACUCUCCGAUCAACGGGGGUGGGUUUUCAGUGUUCGCGCUCGGGUCACCACAGUCAUCACAGCCACCACGGUUACGUCGGCUCCUGGAACGUUCAUGGCCCAUCGGCGAGCAGCUCAAGGACCAGAACGCAGACAGCCUCUUCAAAUUCAUCGGCAAAUGCAUAUCACUUAUCGUUCAGCAGGCUACCAGUGAAUGGGGCCUCCAUCCCGAUGCCGAGCUACCCAUGGGUGUCACCUUCAGCUUUCCGAUGGAGCAAAAGUCGCUGCAUGAGGCAAUUCUUAUGCCAAUGGGGAAAGGGUUUGCGCUCGAUUGCAAAGUCGACCUAGGAGCUUAUCUAGUUGCAGGGUACGAGGAGUACCGUGAGAACUCUCUGCCUCGGAUCAGGGUAGCAGCUAUUGCAAACGACGCCGUUGCAAGCCUUGUCUCGUUCAUUUACCAGUUCCGGGCAAAACCAAACCAGAAAGCUGCCAUGUCCCUGAUUUGCGGAACAGGUACCAAUGCUACGAUACCCCUGAAACUCAGCACCCUCAAGGACAGCAAACGACCCCAGACAGUCAGCGUGAUACCGGGACAGGCUGGGAACGACGUCAAGAUAGCUGUGAACACCGAAUGGAGUAUUAACGGCACAGUGAAUACUCUAAGCAGCCACGGCCUCAUAACUGGGUGGGAUACACGGCUAAAUAUGCACGUCGAGAAGCCCGGCUUCCAACCACUGGAGUACAUGACCUCUGGUCGUUAUCUCGGCGAGCUGGGCCGCAUCAUAUUCGAAGACUACUUGACAAAAAUUCUGCGGUACGACAGAUUCGAACUACCACUCAAACUGAGAGAGCCGUUCACCCUUAGCACGACAUUCCUCAGUCAUUUCAAUCCUCGAAACACCGAAAAUGGCACCCUGGUGGAGCAACUGCAGAGGGAGUUCCCUAUUGCGAAGAAAAAAAAUGCAGCACACUCUAUCCACGACCAGUUGGAGUGGACCCCAGAGAUUGCCGACGCGCUCUAUCGCAUAGCAGUUGCUAUUGAGGUACGGGCUGCGGGACUUAUGGCUGCCUACACAAUCGGCCUCCUCACCUUGUCUGAAGAUCUGCCGCCGAUCACGAAGAGAAACAGUGUUGAUGUAGACAAAGUUGGCAGCAAAUCAAGGGGCAAACCAGACGAACUCGUCGUUGGAUAUACGGGGGGCUGUAUAACGGCUUUCCAGAACUACCUGAAGGACUGCCAGGCGUUCCUCGACAGUGUUGUCGCUCUGGAGCAUGGCAAGGGAAAGUUCCGCGUUCUCCUUAGCCCAUGUCACGACGGAGGAAUAACCGGGGCUGGAAUAUUGGUUCCUGCAUCAUUGCAUAGCGAAGGAAAAUAG